UAAAGUUUCCACUCGAAAGAGAUGUCAUCUGAAAUCAUGGCAGCAUACCGGUAUUUUUGACAUGGGUGAACAUUGCAAUGUUUCCGCUUUUGCCAUUGUAAUGCUAAUUGUGUUUCAAACAGGCGAUUCCUCCUUAACAAUCCACACGCUACAGGCUUGUUAUGGUAACGGUUUUGAGGAUUAUCUAACACCAUCUUGUUCAUCAGGUGAAAAAAUCUACAUCUAUGAUGUCUACGUAUACGCAAAGCGUAUAGAACUAAAUUGCCCGGAGAUAGCUACGUUUUUUGACAGAAACAUUACCUAUUGUUGUAAUUACGUCAGCGUCGAAGAAGACUGUGGUCAAAGAUAUUUUGGAUCCGCAAGUGAAUUUGAGCACGCGCAUUAUUCGCGAUGCACCGGUUUGGAAACGUGUGGUGGAAUUCCAGUAGCUUGGAACUAUACGGAACAUUUCUGUAAUACAACGAUUUUUUCCGAUAGAACAAUCUAUAUGAAAAUGUGGUAUAACUGCAUUCCUGAUGCCUCAACAAUAACUAUCAAUUCGGCAUCAUUACUGACAGCAAAUACAGUCUUCCUCUCUAGCGAAAGUUAUCCAUCAACAAUGUCUGAAUGUUCAGCUACUUCCGGUGCUACAUGUGCAGUGCAAACAACCAAUGGAUCACCAAUUCAAAUCACAGCAUUAGACGUGCAGUUCAAUGAAACAGCUGGGGUUUGUCUACAAAGACUUUAUAUCAUUGAUGAGCCUACAAACACAGAGAUUUCCUGUAAUCAUAAUAACCAGUUCGCAAAGAGGGUAGUUUAUACCAGUACAAGCCACAGUAUCGAAAUAAGAUUAGACAAUACAGCGAGUAUAACGACAGGAAAAUUCUGGAUUCAAAUCGAAGCUACCGAAAGUUCAGAAAAUGUGACAAUCAACUGUAGAAGUGACACCGCUGUGUAUGGCUGUGGAUCUUCCAUACCUGUGACAGAUUCAACGACAGAGUCUACAUUGUCAGCAUCCGAUGAAGCAUCCACAACCACCACAGCUGAUACCACUGAGGUCCCCACUACCACCACCACUACUGAUACCACUGAGGUCCCCACUACCACCACCACUACUGAUACCACUGAGGUCUCUACAACCACCACCACUACUGAUACCACUGAGGUCCCCACAACCACCACAGCUGAUACCACUGAGGUCUCCACUACCACCACCACUACUGAUACCACUGAGGUAUCCACUACUACCACCACUACUGAUACCAGUGAGGUCUCUACAACCACCACCACUACUGAUACCACGGAGGUCUCUACAACCUCUACUGAUGUCACUGAUUCAACAAUAACUUCGAAUACUUCCACAUCAAAAUUGGAUUCAGACUCCUCUGACAGUACCUUUGACCUCAGUUGGAUAGUCACCAUUUUCCUGGGGAGUUUAGCCACAGGUGUAGUUUUUGGAUCCAUUGCGUAUGCUUUAAAUAGGUGCAAGAAAAAGUUCACCCAAGUAAAAGAUAAUGAAACACCCAGAAGAAGAAUUGCAUUUCAAUGAAAGAUGUGUUCUCCAGACAUAUCUCUUCAUAAUUUCAUUAUUUCCCAUAUUUAUGUAGCAAAAUUCCAUCAUCACCUACAUAUGGUGUUUAUAUCUCUAAAGAGCUUGUUAUGCGUAUGAUCAGUUUUUAAAUUAAAGCAGGCUACUGACAAACAAGUUGAUGUUACAGGGGUUUCAGCAGUCUCGUUUAAAGUCAGCAUUUCGCAGAUUAUAUGGUCGUUUUCACGAUGUGGUUUGUCAAUACAAUCUAUCUUGGGGUAAAAAUGCUGUCUGACGUGUUUCAUACCGAUUUUUAGCCCGUUCUUGGUACACAGAUUUUGACUACGGAUUACUCCGUUUACCUGAUCAAGAUAUAGGUUUCAAAGCGGAUGUGACCGGUCGGUGUGACCUUACUCCUUCUAGACACCUGAGCCCACCUUUAGCAUGCCCAGGGAUCCGUGUUUGCCCAACUCUCUAUUUUGUUUUCCUUGUAGUAGUUAUGAGAUUCAUUAUUGUUCAUUAUCUUCACCUUUCUAUAUCAUUAUCAUUUCAUUAAAAAUCUACUUGC